GUGUGUGUCUGCGUGUGCGUGAGUGUGCAAGUGUGUGCUGAGGCCAUGAGCCCUCAGCUCCAUCUCAGCACGUACUCGGAUGAGUUCAGCCCGUCCGGCCGCUGGAGAGCCGCUCAGCCCAGCCGACCCAGACCCUCCUCCGCUCACCGCCGGAACAACCCGCACCCGCGACCGGACUUCCUGUUCCCCCGGAAACCACAGACAGGCCGCGGGCCGCGACCUCCCCAGCAGGCGACGGCCCCUCUGACCCUGGUGACUCCAGCGGCACACGGGGCGCCUCUGUUCCCCCCCGUCAGACACACGUCAGUGCAGUGCCCAGCAGAGGACAUGCCUGCACACAUACAGGCCAGACAGAAGGCAGCAGAUAAAGAGGUGCUGCAGAAAGUGGCCUUGCACACCCCUAAAGUGUGUGUGCUGCCCCCUGCUGACUGGCUGAGUAAAGUACCAUCCACAGACGCCCCUUUCAAAGAGAAACAACCAACAAGUUCCCCUCAGAGGAAGCAGGGAAAAUUUGCAGGAGCUGAGGCCCAAAGACGAGGGCAGGUAAUGGACCCCCACAUCAUCUCCUCACUGCAGACCGUCAGACCCCCUGCCCAGUUCAGCCGGUCCAACUCCAAGACUUCUUCAGACUCCAGUGGAGGACACAGCUGUUUUCAUGUGGUGAAACCAUUCAAGGCCAGCUUCUACAUCAUUCACCCAGAGUUUGUGUCGGAGUGUCAGCGGUGAUUCUGUC